CCAUGCGAUCACAGACGCCAUAGAACAGAUAAAAUGUUGAGUCUUCUGACCAUCUCUAUGGGCUAUACCAAAACAUGGCGAGGAAAUAAGUUUAUGCAUGAUAUUUGUCGAAAAAUUACUUGCCUAUUAAUUGGUAUCAACUACUCUAGCUAAAGUAUCUAUUUUAGAAGUACGAACCAGCUCCAUGACGCUUAUCAGUCGAGGGUCAAUUGGGACCGUACAGAAACUGUUUGUUUUUGCACAGUCGUCCGUACAGGCAGUGCAAGACGCGAUCACUGUCAACACGAAAGGAAUGAAAGAUUGUGUACGGAUAUCGAACAUUUGACGUAGCUAGCUGUACAUUCCACAUUGAUCGCGCGGCGCGCCAUUUGCUACUUCAUUUGUGGAACAUAUGAAGUAUCUGCCGGAGUGGAAUUGCGACUAGUUAAAAUCCAUGUUUAUUUACAAUAAAUCAUAUUUUUGAUUUGUGCGUGGGUAGCUAGCUAGUUUGCGUUCAUGUUAUGGCAGACUGAAAAAUGACAGCUCUGCUGCGGACCACCUUUGUAUUGCGCUGUUGUUAUCUAGCCAGCUAACUUAGCAAGCUAGCUAGCUACUUGUUUCAUCUCACAAACAUUGACGUUAUAAUUGCAUUGAAUUUGUAGUUAGAAACAUUCAAAUUAUCUGUCGACGACCUUCAAACAGCAUAUACGCAGUAACGUUAUUGCCAAAAUGAACGCAGUAAGAGAGUACAGCACAAUAUUGGGUCUCUGUAACGCAAUUGAACUUAGUAGGCUAGUUUGCUAGCUAGAGAACUGCGUUUUACCUUGCCAUUUUUGCGACCAUUUGUUUAUGUUAACUAGUUAAGUUAGCAAGUCAAGUCUCAUCAGUGAUUGAUGUUCGGAGCGGGACUUGACAGCUCAGGACACAUAAAUUAAACAUUUUCUACUGGCUGCUGCUUUUAUUUUGUAGCUAAAUUAUUAGCUAACUAACGUUAGCUACUACUUUUGCCAGCAUGUCCGAAAACGCCCCCACACGAAGCUUGGAUGACAUAGACCUCGCAGCUUUGAGGGACCCAGCAGGGAUCUUUGAGCUGGUAGAGGUGGUGGGAAAUGGGACCUAUGGACAGGUGUACAAGGGGCGUCACGUGAAGACAGGCCAGUUGGCUGCAAUAAAGGUGAUGGAUGUGACUGAGGAGGAAGAGGAAGAGAUCAAGGCUGAGAUCAACAUGCUGAAAAAGUACAGCCAUCACCGCAAUAUCGCCACCUACUAUGGAGCCUUCGUCAAGAAGAGCCCGCCUGGACAUGAUGACCAGCUCUGGCUGGUGAUGGAGUUCUGUGGGGCGGGCUCAGUGACAGACCUGGUGAAGAACACCAAGGGCAACUCUCUGAAGGAGGACUGGAUCGCUUACAUCUGCAGAGAGAUCCUCAGGGGCCUCUCGCACCUCCACCAACACAAGGUCAUCCACAGAGACAUCAAGGGCCAGAACGUGCUGCUGACAGAGAAUGCAGAGGUGAAACUUGUGGACUUUGGGGUGAGUGCUCAACUGGACAGGACCGUGGGGCGCAGGAACACCUUCAUCGGCACGCCUUAUUGGAUGGCCCCUGAGGUCAUCGCCUGUGAUGAGAACCCCGACUCCACCUAUGACUACAGGAGUGAUAUCUGGUCCCUGGGGAUCACAGCCAUAGAGACAGCAGAGGGAGCUCCUCCUCUGUGUGAUAUGCACCCUAUGAGAGCUCUGUUCCUCAUCCCGAGGAACCCCCCUCCCAAACUCAAGUCCAAGAAGUGGUCUAAGAAGUUCAUAGACUUUAUAGAGGGCUGCCUGGUGAAGACGUACACCAGCCGGCCAACCACAGAGCAGCUCCUGAAGCACUCGUUCAUCCGGGACCAGCCCACGGAGCGCCAGGUCCGCAUCCAGCUCAAAGACCACAUCGACCGCACACGCAAGAAGAGGGGAGAGAAGGAGGAGACGGAGUAUGAGUACAGUGGCAGUGAUGAGGAGGAUGAGAACCGUGGGGAAGACAGGGAGUCCAGUACCUCCAUCCUGAACGUCCCGGGUGAGUCGACGUUGAGGCGGGACUUCCUGCGUCUGCAGCAGGAGAACAAGGAGCGGUCGGAGGCUCUGAAGAGACAGCAGGCCCAGCUGGCUGCCCAGCGCCGAGACCCAGAGGAACAUAAGAGACAGCUGCUGCACGACCGACAGAAACGCAUCGAGGAACAGAAAGAACAGCGCCGCCACCUGGAAGAGCAACAGAGAAAAGAGCGAGAGAUGGUGAGACAGCAAGAAAAGGGUCCCCAUCGGAGACUUGACGAUAUAAGGAGGGAGGAGGAUAGGAGGCUGGCCGAGAGGGAGCAGGAGUUCAUAAGACAUAAGUUAGAGGAGGAACAGCGGCAGUUAGAAAUUCUUCAGCAGCAGCUGCUUCAGGAGCAGGCACUGCUCAUGGAGUACAAGCGUAAGCAGCUGGAGGAGCAGAGGCAGUCGGAGCGUCUGCAGAGGCAGCUGCAGCAGGAGCAUGCCUACCUGGUGUCCCUGCAGCAGCAGCAACAGGACAAGAAGCCCCAGCCCCUCUACCACUACAGCAAGAACCUGGAGCCCAACAACAAGCCUGCCUGGGCCCGAGAGGUGGAGGAGCGCAGUAAGCUCAACAGGCAGGGCUCACCCAAAAUCUGCACCACUGUCUCUGACACUGCCAUCCAAUCACGCUCUGACUCCAUCAGCCAAUCCGGAGGGGGCCAGGCUGCUCAGACCCCGCCUAUGCAGCGGCCUGUUGAACCUCAGGGGGGGCAGGGCAAGUUCCAGAUGGCCCACUUGGUCCCGCUGAAGCCCUACGCUGCCCCUGUCCCCCGCUCCCAGUCCCUGUGUGACCAGCCCACUAAGACCAUGUCCGCCUUCCCCACCCAGGACCCCUCCCCUACCCCCACCCCCCGCCCCAUCCACUCCAGGGAGCUAGUCCGACAGAACUCCGACCCCACCUCCGAGAGCCCUGCCCCACAGCCUCGCACAAGGGAGGACCGCGGCCCCUGGAUCCGCCUGCCAGAGAUGGAGCAGCCGCCCAAGAUUCCCCAGAGGACAGCCUCCAUUGCCACAGCUCUCAACACCAACCUCUCGUCUGGCAUCAGGCUUCCAGUCAGAGCCAGCAACCCAGACCUCAGCCGCAACGACCGCUGGGAGAGAGGAGAUAGCGUGAACCUCGUGUCCAAUCUGCCCCAGACUGGCUCUCUGGAGAGGCACCGGAUACUCAGCUCCUCCAAAAUGGACUCCCCCAUACUAGGCCAUGACGGGCGCAUGAAGGGGCACAAGCCAGGGGAGUCUCGCACCUCGUCCCGCCCCAGUCGACCUGCUAGUUACAAGAGAGCAAUAGGAGAGGACCAUGGGCUGUAUGCUAAGGAGCGCCCUGAGGAGCAGCCCAGACCUCCGGUGAAGGCCAACGACUACUCCUCAUCCUCAGAAGGCAGUGAGAGCAGUGAGGAGAGUGAGAGUGGAGAGGGGAAUGAAGAGGACAGCCCCACAGACCGUCCACGGGAUGCAGACUCUGACUCAGUCAACACCAUGGUGGUUCAUGAGGAGGAGGGGGAGGGAGGGGAGGAGGGUCAGGCAGGAGUCUACGGGGACCAGACCAUGCUGGUGCAGAGGACACCAGAGAAGCGGAGCCACAAUGGAUACACCAACCUGCCUGACGUGGUGCAGCCCUCCCACUCCCCCACUGACUCGGCCUCCCAUUCCUCCCCUGGGAAAGACUCUGUCUAUGAUUAUCAGUCCAGGGGUCUAGUCAAGGCGUCAAGUGGCAAGUCCUCCUUCACCACCUUUGUUGACCUGGGCAUGUACCAACCACCAGGCCCUGUGGAUGCCAUCUCUGUGGGCAGCCUGGGCUCCAGGUUUGAGCAGCUGAAGAUGGAGGUGAGGAAAGGCUCCAUGGUGAACGUGAACCCCACCAACACACGCCCCCACAGCGACACCCCCGAGAUCCGCAAGUACAAGAAGAGGUUCAACUCUGAGAUCCUCUGUGCUGCUCUCUGGGGUGUGAACCUGCUGGUGGGGACAGAGAACGGUCUGAAGCUGCUGGACCGUAGUGGUCAGGGGAAGGUCUACCCCCUCAUCAACUCCCGCAGGUUCCAACAGAUGGACGUCCUGGAGGGACUCAACCUGCUCAUCACCAUAUCAGGUAAGAAGAACAAGGUGCGUGUGUACUACCUGGCCUGGCUGAGGAACAAGAUCCUCCACAAUGACCCGGAGGUGGAGAAGAAGCAGGGCUGGACCACUGUAGGGGAGAUGGAGGGAUGUGUGCACUACAAAGUGGUGAAAUAUGAGAGGAUCAAGUUCCUGGUUAUAGCUAUGAAGAACGCGGUGGAGGUAUACGCCUGGGCUCCCAAGCCUUAUCACAAAUUCAUGGCCUUCAAGUCCUUUGGUGACCUGCCCCACAGGCCCCAGUUGGUUGACCUCACAGUGGAGGAAGGACAGAGGUUGAAGGUCAUCUACGGCUCCAGUGCUGGCUUCCACGCUAUUGAUGUCGACUCUGGGAACAACUAUGACAUCUACAUCCCAGUGCAUAUCCAGGUCCAGAUAAUGCCCCAUGCCAUCGUGUUCCUGCCCAGCUCGGAUGGCAUGGAGAUGCUGCUGUGUUACGAGGACGAGGGCGUCUACGUCAACACCUACGGACGCAUCAUCAAAGAUGUGGUGCUGCAGUGGGGCGAGAUGCCCACCUCCGUUGCACAUAUCUGCUCUAACCAGAUCAUGGGCUGGGGAGAGAAGGCCAUAGAGAUCCGUGCUGUAGAGACAGGCCACUUGGAUGGAGUUUUCAUGCACAAGAGAGCCCAGAGGCUCAAGUUUCUCUGUGAGAGGAAUGACAAGGUGUUCUUUGCUUCGGUGCGCUCCGGAGGCAGCAGCCAGGUCUACUUCAUGACCCUGAACAGGAACUGCAUCAUGAACUGGUGAAGCAACAUAGUCCCAUAGUUGGUGUAUGGAAACCACAAGGCCCCAUAAUUACAAAUACACAGACACAAAACACUCAUACACGCGCGCCAACACACAAGC